AUGUCAGGGGACAUGGAAGUCAACAACUGGAACUCCACACAGGCCAGGGUUCAAAAAUUCUGCUAUGAGUGGACCAUUAAUAACUUUUCAUUUUGCAAGGGGGGAAUUCAGAAAAAAAUUACAAGCCCGGUGUUCUCAUUAGAGGCCAAUGAUGAAGUGGCCUGGUGUUUGAGAGUAUACACAAAUGGGGUUGAUGAAGGAAGCAAAGAUUACCUGUCAGUUUACCUGGGAAUGCUCAGCUAUCAAGAGAGCACCGUUUGGGCAAAGAUCCAGUUCUGGAUCAUAAAUUUCCAAGGAGAGAAACGUCAACGUACAAAGAGCACGAGUGUAGUAAGGUUUCUGCCAAACCAACACUGGGGAUUCAGAAAGUUCAUCCGUCGAGAUUUUCUCCUCUCCCAUCAGCGUUGGUUCCUCCCUGACGACCAGCUCACCCUCUGCUGCAAGGUGAGCAUAGUAGGAGCCUUCCUUAGGAUGCCUGGACAGAACAUGACCCCUGCAAUCAAGGAUCCAAGGCACAUGUUGGCAGAUGACCUAGGGGAACUGUGGGAGAAUUCCCUCUUCACAGACUGCUGCCUGUUGGUAGCUGGUCAUAAAUUCAAGGCUCACAAGGCCAUCCUAGCAGCUCAUUCUCCAGUUUUCAGAGCCAUGUUUGAACAUGAAAUGGAGGAGAGCCUAACAAACCACAUUGAGAUCCAUGACGUGGAUCUCCAAGUCUUCAAGGAGAUGAUGGGCUUCAUUUACAUGGGGAAGGAGCCAGACUUCCACAGCCACUCCAUGUCCUCUGGUAUGCUGGCAGCUGCUGACAAAUAUGGCCUAGAGGGCUUGAAGGUCUUGUGUGAGGAGGCCCUCUUCAGGAACCUCUCUGUGGAGAAUGCUGCAUACACUCUCAUCCUGGCUGACCUCCACAGCACAAAGCACCUGAAGACUCAGGCCCUGGAUUUCAUUGCACUUUAUGCUUCUGAGGUCUCUGAGACCUUGGAGUGGAAGUCAAUGAUGGAGUCACACCCCCACUUGGUGGCUGAAGCCUUCUGCUCCCUGGCUUCUGCCCAGGGAGCCCUCACUCAAACACCUAAUAAGAUUUUAUGAGCUAGACAAGUAUGACCAACCCCUGUCUUCCAACAUCAACAACCAGUGUUGUUACCAAGGACUUUUGGUCAGAGUACAGU